AUGGAUUACAAUAUCGAAAUUAUUAUGUCGAUUCAAACAUUGUCCAGUUGCCUAGUUGGUACAUUGGGUCAAUACAUUUAUCAAUAUUAUUUUCAUUCAUAUGUGACAAAUUCAACUAUAACACCGACUUUUCAUACAAUACAACAGCAGUUAUGUCCUAAUAAUGUUAAUUCAUCAUCAGAUGCUCAACAAUGGGCACAACAGCAAUCAUCAAAUUUAUUUUUUUGGCAAAAUUUAGCGAGUAGUUUGCCAGUUAUUAUAAUGACCUAUUUAUUGGGUAUCUAUACAAGUAAAUUAGGAAAAAAAAUUGUUUUGAUAUUACCAAUAUUAGGAACGGUGAUACAAUUGAGUAUAUGGUUAGCCAUUAUUUAUUUUAAUCUUAAAGAAUAUUGGUGGUUAAUUGCUGCUUUCAUUCAAGGUCUAUCGGGUAGUGGAGGGGUGUUUGGAUUUAUAAUUACUCUUAUUAUCACCGAUACUACACUGGAGAAUGAUCGAUCAGCGAGUGUGCUAAGAGUUGUUGGAAUGAAACUUUUACAAUAUAUGGGGUCAAACGACCCAUUAAUUUGUGCUAUAAGCCAUAUAUUUUUGAUUAUAUCAGCAUUAUGGACAUCGUUUGCAAAACACAGUUGGGAGUUAUAUGUUGGUAUUUUAAUCAGUCCAUUUACGAGUUAUCAAGCUAGUUUGACAUAUUCAAUGCUAUCAAAAUGGCUUGAACCCCAUGAAACGGCUAAUACAUUUGCACUCGUAACAGAAAUCAGUACAAUAAUAUCAGCAUUUGGAACUUCGUUCUUCAAUUUUGUUUAUUCAAAAACCAUACCUUAUUCAAGAAAUUUUACUAUGUUGUUAGCUGGUGGUCUCGCCAUUAUUCCAUUGAUACUAAACAUUUGUUUGUAUAUCAUCACACGCAAUCUACCAGAUACCCAGACGGAUAUCGCCACAGAAACAACCCCGUUAUUAUUGCCCGAUCAUAUGUUGGUGAGAGGUAUUGAUCCAACAUUUAAUAUUAUAUCCGCAUCGAGUUCACUUACAAAUUCCCUAAGAACGCCCACAUUAAGAUCUCGUUCAAACUCUGCUGGUAGUGCUCUCGAAUACUCUACGGAAACCGAGCCUCUACUUAAAGUAUAA